ACUUAUUGGUAUUUACUGUAGCUACAGAAGCUAAAGAUGGUUUUUUAAGAUAUCUAGAUUCAGCAAACGAAUUUAACAUUAAACCAACGGUACUCGGGUUUGGUGAGAAAUGGAAGGGAGGUGACGAUAUUAAAAGGAAACCAGGAGGAGGAUGGAAAAUUAAUCUCUUAAAGGAAGCCUUGAUUCCAUACAAAGAUGAUACAAAAAAGAUUAUCCUGUUUACAGAUGGAUAUGAUGUGAUUUUUGCAAAUGGAGUUAAUGAAAUUCUCCGACGAUUUGAAAAAUCAAAUGCAAAAGUUUUAUUUGGUUCUGAACCAUAUUGUUGGCCAGAUCUGGAGCUUGCUCCAAAAUAUCCUGAAGUUGUCGAUGGAAAAAGAUUUUUAAAUUCAGGGAUGUAUAUGGGAUAUAUCUCCGAGAUUUUGAAAUUGUUGGAACGAGCUGCCAUUAAAGAUACUGAUGAUGAUCAACUAUUUUUCACAAAAGCUUAUUUGGAUGAAGACUUUCGAAACAGUAUUCAGUUUAAGUUAGAUCACAAAAGUGAAAUAUUCCAGAAUAUAAAUGGUGCAGCAACUGAAUUGGAAAUAUACACUAUAGAUGGUAAAGAAGGAGGUGCAGAAAAAUAUGGUAUAAAAAAUGUUAUUACCCACACAGAACCAAUUAUUUUGCAUGGAAAUGGCCCCUCAAAGAUUACAUUAAAUUAUCUUAGCAAUUAUGUACCAAAUGUAUGGAAUUCAGUAGAGGGGUGUGUUAAAUGUAAACAAAAUAGUAUUAAUCUUAAUAACACACCUGCAUCAGAAUUACCUAUAGUAUUUAUUGCUGUUUUUAUUGAAAUAAAUACACCAUUUCUGGAAGAACAGUUAGAAAAAGUUCAAGCGCUAAAAUACCCCAAAGAUAGAAUACAUCUAUUUAUUCAUAACUCUGCAAAAUAUCAUGCAGUUCAUGUCAAAAAUUUCACUGAAAAGUAUGGCAAUAAAUACUUAUCUGUUAAACAAAUAACACCUGAAGACGGCACAACAGAAUGGGCAGCACGCGAUUUAUCUUUGGAUCAAUGUCUCUCCAAAAAAUGUGAUUUAUAUUUUUCUGUGGAUUCUAUUGCUCAUCUAGACAACCCUUAUACACUUCGUUUACUCAUAGAACAAAAUCGUACAAUUGUAGCUCCCAUGCUCACCAGACCUGGCAAAGCCUGGAGUAACUUUUGGGGUGCACUGACUAAAGAUGGCUUCUAUGCACGUUCAAAUGAUUACAUGGACAUUGUGCACAACGAAAAGAGAGGUCUAUGGAAUGUACCAUUUAUGGCAAAUGUUUAUUUGAUAAAUGCGACACUUUUAAAAAAAUAUGAUAGAAAGCAGUUGCAUUAUAAUAAACCAAAUUUGGAUGCUGAUAUGGCUUUCUGCAGUAUUCUUAGAGAACUUGAUGUGUUUAUGUAUGUUUCUAAUCGUGUUGAUUUUGGGCAUUUAUCCAAUCCCGAUACUUAUGACAUAACUAGAGCUGAACCAGACAUGUAUCAAAUAUUCGAUAAUGAAAUCGAUUGGGAAGAAAAGUAUAUUCAUGAAGAAUAUCCAGAAAACUUUAAUCCUGAAAAAGAGGACAAACAGCCUUGCCCUGAUGUUUAUUGGUUUCCAAUUGUGUCAACAAAGUUUACAACAGCUUUAAUUAAUAUGAUGGAAAGUUAUGGAAAGUGGUCAUCGGGGAAACAUGAAGAUGACCGAUUAGACGGGGGAUAUGAAGCUGUACCUACACGUGACAUUCAUAUGAACCAAGUAGGAUGGGAAAGACACUGGCUUCAUUUCUUAAACAAAUAUGUUAGGCCACUUCAGGAAAAAGUUUUCAUAGGUUACAGUCAUGACCCUCCUAGGUCUUUUAUGAAUUUUGUAGUACGCUACCGACCUGACGAACAACCAAGACUUAGACCUCAUCACGACAGCUCUACAUAUACGAUAAAUAUUGCUUUAAAUCAGAUUGGCAUUGACUAUGAAGGAGGCGGUUGCCGUUUUAUUAGAUACAACUGUAGUGUCGUUGAUACAAAAAUUGGAUGGAUUUUAGUACAUCCUGGCAAAUUAACUCACUAUCAUGAAGGAUUAUUAGUUACAAAAGGAACGAGGUAUAUUAUGAUUUCUUUUGUUGACCCUUAAAAAAGUCACAACCAAAUUUUACUCUUAAUAUAAAUAAACAAUACCUACUUAUUUAGAGAUAGCGAAGUGUUAGAAGAUUUAUAGUUUUAUUACAAAAUCAGAAAUAUAAUAAUGCUUGUUAUAUUUUUAGACUUUUUGCAUUUUGCAUUACUAAUUAAACUAAUGGCAAUAGUUUAACAUCAUUGUAUUUCACGUUAUAUGUAUUGUAAUACUCAUAUUUUUAGAUCUGAUUAAUUAAUAAGUAGAAUAUAUUUAAAACAAUAAUUAAAUGUUAUGAAAAAUUUUAUACCAUUUAUACCAGUUUGUAGAUGACCAAAUAAAGGUAUUUUUAUGUA